AUGCAAGCUUCGCACCUGGACGUUCGCCAGGGAGGACCGCACUUUGGAAAUACCAAUGCUCUCAAUAGUCAGAUCUUUCAGGGCAAUUUCUAUGGACUCACCAUCAAUCCCACGGCUGCUGCCCAGAUCCCUCCAAGCACCUAUGGAGGCCGCUAUUCCCAUUCGUCCCUCCGACCGGUCCCCAACUACGUCUGGCGACCACGGUUGCACCAGAAGAUCAAAGAGCAGUUACGCGACCUCAAGGAUGACAGGGUGGAAGACGUGCGGAUCCUGGUGGUGUGGGGGCUCGGUGGAGCGGGCAAACCGCAGCUAGUGCUGAAUUAUAUCCGCGAAUAUCGACAGGACUACAUUAUGGUGUUCUGGAUUGAAGCUGGAUCGAAAGAGUCGAUCGAACGCGAGUCAAAGGGCUGA